GAAUUAUCAUCAUGUCGAACGAUCUUCACCUCCCUUCAUCGUCCAAGACGGUCGCCGUUCGUGUCAUCGACACGACGACGGAAUUGACCCUCCCGAUCGACAACAUCCUGUGGCCGCGAGUUCAAAGCCACAAAGAACUAUUCUUCCCCUCGUACGCCUUCCUCAUCGAGCAUGGAUCGUCCGGACGACGGCUGCUAUUCGAUCUGGGCCUGCAGAAGAACUGGGAGGACCUGGCACCGACAACGGUGGCCGAGAUCAAGAAGGAUAAAUGGCAGGUCAAGGUGGAAAAGGACGUGGCAGGCAUUCUAGACGAGCAUGGAUAUCCCAGAGAGCAAAUCGAAGCAAUAAUAUGGAGCCAUCAUCACUGGGACCAUGUCGGAGACCCUUCCACCUUCCCGGCCUCAACAUCCCUCAUUGUCGGACCAGGCUUCAAGGAAAGAUACCUCCCAAGGGGGAAGCCCAUCGCGGGCUCUUCCAUCAAGGAACAAUAUUACCAGGGGCGGAGCUUGCGCGAAAUCGAGCGCCACGAAUUCACCCUCGACCUCGCCGGAUUUGCUGCAUUUGACUACUUUGGCGACGGAAGUUUCUAUCUCCUCGAUACGCCGGGUCAUACCAUCGGCCAUAUAAGCGGUCUCGCCCGCACAGGACCCGACAACACGUUCAUCUUCCUCGGCGGCGACAUCGCCCAUCACUGCGGUGAGUUCCGCCCCAGCGCCCUGUCUCCUCUUCCCGACAGCAUCUCCCCAAGCCCACUGGAGGCGACCUCCCCGCGGCCCUGUCCAGGCGACUGGUUCGCCCGCGUCCAUCAUGCCUGCUGCACAGAUCAACCCUUCUACCGGAUGGGCACGUAUCCCGAUGGGUCCGGGGUGGCGACCGACCUCGCCCGCGCAGAAGACAGCCUCGCAACGCUGCAGCGCUAUGAUGCACACCCGGCGAGCGUGUUCGUCAUCCUCGCGCACGACCCGGCCAUGCGUGGCGUGAUCGACUUCUUCCCGCUUGAGGCUAACGGGUGGAAAGAGAAGGGUUGGGCCGAGAAGACGCGCUGGGCUUUCCUGGCGGAUUUCAGGGAGUCAGUCGUCACGCAUCUGAACGGGGCCAUGAAGUCUUUCUAGUACAAACAUAAUCAUAUAAAAAUGAAUCAUUAAAAAGAACUCUUAUUGUCUACUUUAUUCAAAUUAUAUUCUUCUCGCUCUCCCCCUCAAUCACAUAUGCCCAUUCGUGCUCCUCCCGUCCGUACAUGAUGGCUUCGAGCCAGGUCUUGAUCUGCGCGGCGUAUCCGGCACGUUCGCCCUCGGAAAGCAGGGUGAUGUCGAGAUCUCCGUCUCUGAUCAACAUGAUGGGUGUGAUGAAGAA